AUGCCUGAGGGACUUACAAAGCAGGAGGUUGACAAGGGCAUCGACCCUUCCGUCAACAAGCAAUAUGACGACCAGACACCCACCGAGCAGAAAUUCGAGGAUAUGUACGCCAUUGCCGACAAGCUGAAAAUUGGUAUGCUCGGCUCCUACCGGAACGGCAUCGGCCCUGUAUCCCGUGCCAUGGCUGUUGCGAAGCGUACCGGACCCGACUUUCUGUUCCUUGCCAACCGAAACAGCCAGAAGUUUGACGACCUCAACAAGAACAAGGAAGCUCAGGUCAUCUUCCACAACACCAGCACCCAAGACUGGAUCUGCGUAACAGGCGAAGCAACGUCAACCAGCAACGAGGAUCCGCGUAUCAAGGAGGUAUACAGCAAGGCAGCUGGUGCAUGGUUCGGUGACCUCAAGGAUGGUGUCCACACUGGCGGCCCGGAGGACCCGCGUAUGACGCUCAUCGAGAUCAAGGCCAAGUACAUCUCGUACUGGAAGCACGAAGUCAGCUCGCUCGGCUAUAUGGCGGAGGUUGCUACUGCCACGAUGACCGGCGGCGUGGCAGCCACCGGCACGUUGAGGCAGAUGAAGGAGGACGAAAUCAGCCAGGCGAGAUCGAAGCACAGCACCAUGAGCUCGUAG